GCCCAAACACUUGGGAGAGCUACUUUGGAUAAGUCUGGGAAUCACCAGUAGCUCCUGAGCUAUCUAAUGCCUGUCCCUGCUCUAAGCUGCCCGGAUAGACCAACUGGGAACCAUAGCUGAAAUUAGAUAGGAUGAAACUCUGGAUUAUUCUGCUGGCUGUUGGAGUCAGUGUAGGAGAAAUUCAAAACCAGGACAGUUGCAGUGAUCGGCUUGCUGGAGUCCCUGGGAGCCCAGGAUACAAUGGCAUACCAGGCCGGGACGGACGGGAUGGAGCAAAGGGGGACAAAGGAGACACAGGUGAACCAGGGCAUCCAGGAGAACCAGGCAAAAAUGGUAUAAGCGGAGACAAGGGGGAACCAGGAGCUGAUGGCAGAGUUGAAGAGAAGGGCAUCAAAGGAGAGAAAGGGGGGAGAGGCUGGCCUGGGAAAUUUGGACCCAAAGGAAUUCCUGGACCUGUGGGCCAUAAAGGUCAAAAGGAUAGGAUGAGAGUCUGGAUUAUUCUGCUGGCUGUUGCAGUCAGCACAGAAGUACAAAACCAGGACAGUUGUAAUGAGCGGUUUUGUGGCAUCCCCGGGUUACCUGGACACAGUGGCCUUCCAGGCAGAGAUGGACGAGAUGGAGCCAAGGGAGAAAAAGGAGAUGCAGGUGAACCAGGGCGUCCAGGAGAAGCAGGCAAAGCUGGUAUAAGAGGAGAUAAGGGGGAACCAGGAACUGAUGGCAGAGUUGAAGCGAAAGGGAACAAAGGAGAUAAAGGGGAGAGAGGCUGGCCUGGGAAAGCUGGACCCAUGGGAGUUCCUGGAUCUGUGGGUGACAAUGGCCCCAUUGGACCACAGGGCUUUGCUGGUCCUAAAGGAGAGCCUGGAGGCCCAGGACCAAUGGGCAGUAAAGGAAUCCAGGGAGAAAAGGGCUGGAAGGGGGAAAAAGGAAAUGGUGGUAAUACCGGAGUCCCAAGAAGUGCCUUCAGUGUGGGUCUUACUACCGCUACAAGGUAUCCCUCUGCCAAUGCUCCCAUCAAAUUUAACAAAGUAAUGUAUAACAGCUUAAACCAUUAUAACACAGCAACUGGAAAAUUCACCUGUCCAUUCUCUGGUGUCUAUUAUUUCACCUACCACAUCACUGUUUAUUCAUACAGUGCCAGAGUAGCUCUAGUUAAAAAUGGGAACAGAAUGAUCUACACUCUAGACACGUACCAGAACUCUGAAGACCAGGCUGCAGGAGGAACCAUCUUGGAGCUUCAGAAAGGUGAUCAGGUGUGGCUGGAGGUUGUGGGAGAUUCUUAUAACGGGUUGUAUGCAGAUUCAGAUGAUGACACUAUAUUCACUGGCUUUCUUCUGUUUAGUACCUAAGUGAUGUCAGAACCUAUGCUACUCUUUCAACCUGAUGUCACUCACUAGAACGUGGCUUUCUUGGUGAUGAUUAAAAACUUGAUGUAGCAAAGCCAGUUUCAUAGAUUGUUUUUAGCUGUUCAAAUUCAUAAACAAUGUAUUCACAACAGGAAUUGGUAGUUCUUAAUACCAGCUAAAUGUUGAUGUCUAGCAAAUUUUAAUUGUCCAGAUAUUGGAGUUCCGAGUGUUUUUAUCCCGUGUCUUGGAACUGCAUAUUUGUUUCAGUUUUCUGAAGCUUGAAGAUUCAUGAACUGAUAAUAAAAAAUUGGUAUGACUUGUGA